AAAUAAAUCAUAGAAGUGUUCGUCUCUAGAAGUCAUUUCAGUUCCAAACUAUCCGGCGCAGUGCUUUCGCCCUGCUCGCUGAGUGGCAAGUUGCUCAGUGGGGCGUCCAAAUACAAGUACAAAUCCUAAUAUUCGCGUCUCCCGCGCCCAAGACUUAUAUUAGGUCAGGCGGUCUGUCCAGAGAGAGGGAGAGGGAGAGAGAGUGAGAGUGAGAGAUGGCGAAGGUGGUUGGGGAAGCGGAGGAGCUUCCGAAGGCGGUGGUGCGAAGGGUGGUGAAGGGUAAACUAUGUCAGCUGUCAUCUUCCGGCGAAGGAGACAUCUCUCUUAACAAGGACGCUCUUCUCGCUUUCUCUGAAAGUGCUCGAAUUUUUAUUCAUUACAUUUCCGCUACUGCAAAUGACAUUUGCAAGGAAUCAAAGAGGCAGACCAUCAAUGCUGAUGAUGUAUUAAAAGCACUUGAGGAAAUUGAGUUUCCUGAGUUUGUUCAUCCUCUUAGAGCCUCUCUUGAUGAUUUCAGGCGAAAAUAUGCUGGAAAGAGGUCUGGAGCAGCUAAGGCAAAGGAAGCAAAAAAGAAGAAGCUAGAAGAACCAUUAGUAGAAAAUGGGCAGAUUGAAGGCAAACAAGAUGAUGGGGACGAAGAGAAUGAAGACGAGGACGAAACUAAUGGUAAUGAUUGACAGAAAUUCUUGUUCUUUAUCCUUGAUCUUAGAAGAAACGAAGGAUUUUAGCUUACUUUUCUGCCUGACAUGUUUGUUUUAAGUUGAUAGUUGACAAGUAAAUUUAGUCAAUAUUUGUGGUGUGCUUUGUUCUUUGUUUGUGCCCCCAGUGAAACCGAUCAAAGUAAAAUUUAGUGGUAUAUAUCAAAGAUAUUUCACCAUUAAAAAUGUAACUGAAGUUUUUGGCCAAUUGUGAUUCAUCUAUUGUACUCUAUGAGCUUUUGUAAAAGAUUUGAACUCAUAAUCAGGAUAUUGAAAAGAAAAA